UGCUGUUUUAAGUAAUUAAAAAAAAUAUACUAAAAAGCUGAAGUGCUUCUACUAAUGAUUAUUGUAUUUUUCCAUUAUUUGUGAUAGUAUGGGGACAGAAGUAGCGAUAUCUUUUAGUUCUCUACGUGCUCAAUUAGAAAAUGAGAGGAGUAGUUUAUAUAAAAUAGAUGAGAAUAUAAAAAAAAUAGUACAAACUACCGGAAGAUUCAAUGAUAGAUUUAAUCCUGCAGGGGAAUACGCAAGGCCCCACAAUCGUUUAGGUGGCCGGAAUCUGUUCCUUGAUGGAGGAAACAACUUCAAAAAUGACGACCAGCUUGCUAAACGAAAACAUGAAACUAAAACAGUUUUUAGCAGAUUGUCAGCCAGAGUACAUGACAGUGAUGGUGAAGAUGACGGGCCUGGCAUCAAGAGAGCCCGAGUGCCUUCUGCUGUGUGUAGGGAGUUGCCCACCAGAGCUGCAGUGCUGCGGGCACAAGGGGAUGAUGAACAGGCACGGACACGCAACCGGCGUAUAUUUGGAUCACUCCUGGGUACACUACAGAAGUUUAAACAAGAAGAAAUUGUAUUACAAACUAAGGAAGAAAAAAAGGCUCAAGUGGAACGCAAAAUAGAAGAGCAAGCUCGGUUAGAAAAGGAGAGAGAACAGAAAGAAAGAAAGACAUUAUUUGCUGAGAGGGACCACAAGAAAGCCACUAUCAAGGCCCUCGAAGCUAAGAUGGCGCGGGUCCAAGAGUUCGAGAAGUGGGAGGCCUCUCAGAAGAGUCUGGCCAACUUCAUCCUCACCAAGGCGAAACCCCAUAUAUACUGGCUGCCCAAGAAGAUGUCAGACAAAGCCAAUGAGAAGCUGGUUUCCAGUAGAAAGUACCAUGAAAAAUGUAUGAUUAAGAAACGUCAAGAGCUCCAGGAAGAGUUGCAGCGGAUAGAGCAACGCUGUCUGCGGCCGCGGGGCCCGGGCGCCAAGGAGAACGACCCCGACACGCACGACGCGGACGACAAGAGCGUGGAGGACGCUGAUGUCAAGGACGAGAGGAAGAAGAGGGACAAGUUCGCGGCAGAUGCUGAUGACAAGGAGGACAGUGAUGGAGAUGACAGACAUGAUGACGUGCCCAAGGUGGAGCAGACCUCGCCUGACCAACAGAAAGCACAAGAAGAAACCAAUCUAAACACAGGAAGUACAGAGAUAGAAACAGCAAUGGAGACAGAACCUAUUAAAGCAGAGCCUCCGCUGGACCCCGAGCCACCCAUGGACAUCAGUCAGAAUGACCCGGUAGUGCCCGCAGACGAGAACCAUUCCUAACAAGAACUCAACCGCAGACAGCUGGGCCACAAGUUGUAGUACAAUCAUGCGAGUUAUGGCAACUUGUAUGGUAUUGGUGUGAGCCAAACAUGUAGAUGUGCGAUGUUGUAUAGUUGGUUUUAAUUGAUUACUUGAGAAUAUAAACUAAGCAAUGUUUGAUUUUGUUUUAUGAUUUAUAGACAUAUUUCUGUGACAUCAAAUACUAGCAUGUACUGAAGAUAUGUAUGGCAUCCUACUUUAGACUAAUAAUAACUUUGAUGACGAUUACUUUCGGCUAUACUUAAGCAGUACGCUAACGCUAUCAACUUGUUCUACAUUGUUAGGUACUGAAACAAUAAAAGCCCAUAAAGUCAGAAUAUCGCUACGAUAUUUAUAACGACUCUGGAACGACACGUGACUAAUUUUAUUAGCACUACAUACAGCAUAGUGUGACCUAACCAAUUUAUUCACCUAUAAACUUGUCAAUCCAUUUCUUUACAAUCUCGAAUGUACUUCAAAACAAUAAAGAACCGUAAAUGGAAACUUCUUAAGUAUUUACAUUGGAUUAUAUGCUUUCAAGAUAAUUAUAUGAAUUCUAGGUAAUCUGUUAAAAUUAACUAUAACAAUGUGUGUAUGUUAAGAUUAUGAUAAUUUUGUGUGGAUAUGCUCUAUUUAGGUAAGCAAACACUUUGUGAAGCAGAUGAGUUAAAUAUAGAAAGAAUAACACCAAA